AUGAAUUCCUAUAGUACCGAAGACCCGGUUGCGGAUUUACUUCGUGCUCCAGGUGGAAAUGAAGAAGAUAUACCUGUUAUUCAAAGAGAUCUGGGGCCCAUUGUGGACUAUCCUUAUGGAUACAAACCUAACACCAACGCUAAUGCCCACAGCAAUGGUAACGUCGAAGACCAUCACCAUGAGUAUUCUCAGGUACCAAAUGCAGGACAAGCAUCAUCAUCUCAUCCCCAUAGUCACAUACAGUCCAAUCCGAUAGACGACUACCAAUUGGUUCCACAGGGAAAGUAUAUGUCUACGUAUCCUCCAUUACAGGGAUUGUCGGAGAGUGUACUACCCCCUAGCCUCUCUAUUCAAGCGGCAAUGAAGAGCAGUCUCAACGGGAGUAGCAACAAUAACACUGCUGAAAUGAAUAACAGCAGCAGCAGUAACAAUGUCAAGCACAGCCAGAGCGAGUUUAAUAAUAAUGAAAACGACUCAAAUGAUAACACUGGUGCCGGUAAUGCUCUGAAGAAAAGAAAGGAAUCUACAGGUCCCAAGACAAGACCAGCGUUUGUGAUGAAGAUCUGGUCGAUGGUUAACGAUCCUGCUAACAAGCAGUACAUAGCAUGGAAUGAGGACGGCAAAUCCUUCCACGUAUUUCACAGAGAGGAGUUUAUGAAGUUGAUAUUACCUAAGUAUUUCAAGCACAAUAACUUUGCGUCGUUUGUGAGACAAUUGAACAUGUACGGAUGGCACAAGGUUCAGGAUGUUAACAACGGAUCUUUGUAUAGCCAAGGAAAGGAAAAUGAUAAUGGUGGUGGUGCAGACGAAAUUUUGCAAUUUGAAAACCCAUAUUUUGUGAGAGACAGAGAAGAUCUCUUGGAUAAAAUUCAGAGAAACAAGAAUUCCGGCACGAAUGAUGCGGUUGUUGUCCAAGAUCCAAAUGCUGCUAAUUUCUCGUUGAUUUUGAAUGAAUUAGACCAAAUUAAGUUGAACCAGUUGGCAUUGAGUGAAGAUUUACGUAGAGUUAGAAAGGAUAACAAAACUUUAUGGCAUGAAAAUUACAUAGCGAGAGAGAGACACCAACAACAAGCCCAAACUUUGGAGAAGAUACUUUCAUUUUUGGCAACAGUAUAUGGUAAUUCAGGUGGGAAGAUUUCAGAAGUUGAAAACAGUCCGUUUGAUAUUCACGGGGUUCUUGCACCUUAUAGGCAACAACAGCAACAAAAUAACCAAAAUCUGCACCAACAGCAACAACAGCAGCAACAACAACAACAGCAACCCCAGCAACUGUACGAAUCCGCUUCUCAACCUACAAAUUUCGAAUCUAAUCCUUUUGAUAUGCCUCCUCCAAGCCCUUUCAAUAAACCAAGGUUGAUGUUGAUGAAUAAGGCUUAUCAAAGCUCUCCAGAUUCAAACAGAAAUGGUAGCACUUCUAAUAAUUCAGAAGGUGGUGUUGACUCAGUGGAAGAGAUAAUGAGAUCAUACGAAAACACACCCAAAAAUAAUAAUUUCAACGAUAACAAUGCGCCCCCUGCUAAUAGAGUAUAUCAACACCUUAUUAACCAGGACCAUCCCUCACCAAGGCACUUUUUUCCAGAACUUAAUGGUUUGAAAAAUGGUAAUAAUUAUUUUGAAAGGCCAGGAACCCCACAACCAAUUCAAAAUUCGUCUUCUUUGGCUAACACAAAUGUUGCGAAUUCUCCAGGAAACAACGAUGCUAUGAAUGUAUUGGAGCAGAAUAUCUACAAGCAGGGGCAAUCAAUACAACAAGUACAGGAUUGGAUUCUGAAAUUAGCUGCUCAGCAACAGGAAAUCCAACAAAAUAAUAACAACCUUAGUAAGGCUCUGCAAUUUACACCAAGCCAACAUAUACUUCAAUCACCAUCUCUUCCUCCUGAUUUCCAAGAACAAAAUUUUGACAUAAACAAGCCAGAUUUCGAUGAGUUUGAUGUUAAUGAUUUCUUGGAUUCAGGAAAUGCAGGUUUGCCCCCAACUCCAGUAAUACAAGACCAUAAUACAUAUGGAAGGAAGAGAACGAUUGAAGAAGUGCAUGACGAUGAAGAAGAUAAUACUUCUAAGAAGUAG